CCUGAAACUCAAGCGGCAAGCCCAACCAUUUUGAUUUUAUGCAACAGAACCCCACCUCAUAUAAACUCUGUUUCUCCAUUUUUGCCCCUUCAACCAAUCAAUCAACCAAAUCAAAUAUGAGCUGGUGGUGGGCUGGUGCUAUUGGCGCUGCCAAGAAGAAGUUCGAGGAAGAUGACGCUCCGCGCAGCUUUCAAAGCGUCGCGCUGGUCGUGGGUGUUACCGGCAUCGUCGGCAACAGCCUCGCCGAAAUUCUGCCGCUCUCCGACACUCCCGGCGGCCCGUGGAAAGUCUACGGCGUCGCACGUCGUCCGAGACCCACUUGGAACGCCGAUCACCCGAUCGAAUAUAUCCAGUGCGACGUGUCUGACAUGGAGGAGACCCGGGCUAAACUCUCCCCUAUCACUGAUAUAACCCAUAUCUUCUACGUCGCGUGGAGUAAUCGAUCGACGGAGCGGGAGAACUGCGAGGUCAACGGCGCCAUGCUCCGAAACGUCCUGCAAGUCGUGAUCCCCAACUCGCCCAACCUCUCGCACAUCUGCCUCCAGACCGGAGCCAAGCACUAUGUUGGCCCUUUUGAGACCUUAGGCAAGAUCCAGUUCCACGAUCCGCCCUUCACGGAGGACAUGCCCAGAUUGGACACACCGAAUUUCUACUACACCCAAGAAGAUAUUCUGUUCGAGGAGGUUGAGAAAAAGGAAAACUUGACAUGGUCAAUCCACCGCCCGCUAGUAAUCUUCGGCUUCUCUCCUUACUGUAUGAUGAACAUGGUCGGCAUUCUCUGCGUGUACGCCGCCAUUUGCAAGCACGAAGGAUCCCCACUAAUUUUCCCCGGCAGCAAAGCCUCGUGGGAUUCCUACUCCACCGUAUCCGACGCAGACCUCAUCGCCGAGCAGCAGAUAUGGGCGGCGGUGGAUCCGUACGCGAAGAACGAGGCUUUCAACUGUAGCAACGGCGACGUUUUCAAGUGGAAGCAUUUCUGGAAGGUGCUGGCAGAGCAGUUUGGGAUCGAGGAGUACGGAUUCAACGAAGGAAAGAGCUUUAAGCUCGAGGAAGCGAUGAAGGACAAGGGUUCUGUAUGGGAUGAGAUUGUGAGGGAGAAUCAAUUGUAUCCCAGUAAGUAUGAAGAAGUUGCAGUUUGGUGGUUCGUGGAUGUCAUUUUUGGUAUGGAAGGUGUGUUGGGUUGUAUGAACAAGAGCAAGGAACAUGGAUUUUUGGGGUUUAGGAAUUCCAAGAAUUCAUUCAUUUCUUGGAUUGAUAAGAUGAAAGGUUACAAGAUUGUGCCUUAGCGUUGCUCUUCAACUGUUUGUUCUUGGUGUUAAUGUUGAUUUGUUGUUGGCUUCUGGAAUAAAAAUUUGGAGAUGAACAGAGAGGUUUCCAUGAUUUGAGAAGCUCAGUGAGUACCCAUCUCAAGGAAGAACAGGAAGAAGACGAUGAAGAAGUUUGCUGUAAGCUUAUUUGGCCAUGUUUGUAGAAAACUGGGUUGUCUGUUUUUGGAGUUUGAUUAUGUUAAAUUAAAUAAACAUGUGAUACAAAUAAAAAUAGAAGUAGAUGCUUUAAGAACCACAGAAAGAAACUGUGUUAUUGUCAAUUUGAGUUAUGCCCAGAAAUCAGAAUGUUGUGCUUUCUGGGAAAAUGCCCCAAUUAUCAUCCUCAUUGUAUGCUAAAUAUAUUUUAAAUAAAAUUAUAAUAAACCGAUUUAGUAGAAAA